AUGGAGCUCACCGGAGACUACAUACUGAGCAAGUCGUCUCUGCUUAAUGGUGGUUUGUGCAACACCGAGGUAUCAGAGCUGAUCUGCAGUUGCCUGAGGGACCAGAUCGAAGGAAAGUUCCUGGGCGAACACGGAGUGGAUGAUAAACCCAUACCAUCUAAGCCUAAUGUAAACCACGAGGUUAAACUUUACGAUUGGGAGAACGAGUGCAACUUGGAGAAGCUCGGCAGCAACGAGUACCUUGGACAAGGAAAGGAGGAGUGGAUACUCCGCACCAUGCUGCUAUCCGGCAGCAUUCUCGGGAAAGGUUGCGAGGCCGCUAUGAAGCUAGCUCGCCAAGACGAGAUUGAAAGAGACGCUUAUAAACUCGGAGGACAUCUCGCCCUAUUAUGGCAACUGUAUAUAGACAUAUCUGAUUUCUUCACUAACCCAAAAUCUAAGUAUUCACUGGUAGGCGCAUCAGUUAUAAUGGCUCUUUGGGAGUAUCCCUCCAUCUACGAUCAGUUGUUUCUGUCACAGCGGCCUGUAAAUCUGAAUGAGUUAAAUCAAGCGGUGAGCAGCAAUUGUUGUAUGGUCGCCCUAUCCAGUCUUUUAAACGAGGAGCUUGGCGCCGUAUUGAAAUAUAGUGAUGGGAUGCCGGUACAUGACGCGCGCAAAGCGUUGCAGAACAUUGCUAAGGCGCUCUAUGGGGAUGCAAUGAAGAUAAUAAAAUAA